CCCCUCCCCCGCCAUGCCCCCCCAGCCACAGCCACAGCGGGACAGCGAUGGCUUCCUCAUGCCAGCGCGCCCGCCAAAGCGCACACAGCUCCGCCCAGCAAACUCGCUUCCCACCACCGCAGACAUCUACGCAGCCAAGCACGGCAUUCCUCUCGACGUGCAGAUGGCCUUGCAGAACGUAGGACGCCGCGGCCGUGAGAGUGUUGCACGGGGCCAUCGAAGCUUUGACAGGACCCAGUCCGUCCCGAACCUCGUCAUUGGCAGCUCUGCUGCGCCUCCAGCGUCCAGCUUCACCUCGACGCACGAUGCCAUGCAGCAUGCACGAGGCGUGAUCAACAAGGAACUCAUGCGUGCGCGAGAGCUCCAGCCCUUUGGCUCUACAUCCUCGACAUCGUCUGAUGUCGAUGCCCUCGCGUUGGAAGGCGCCGAGGAGCACAAGAGGACGAGGAGACUCGUAUUCGGUCCCGACGGCGAGGUCGAGGAGGUUUUCCAGCAAGCGAGUCUCAAGGCUAAAGUCGGCUUUGGAAAAGGUACAAAGAGUGAAGACGCGACGCUUGUCCCCUCGCGGAAGAGGAGGUCUUCCCCGGCCGAGCCGGAUGGCAGCGAUACAGAAACCGACGAUAUCGACCAAGAUGAGGAAGACGAGCUUCGGCCGUCUGUGACCUUUAACACCGUCGAGUCCGUCUUCCCGCCCGUAUUCACCUCCCCUGCAAUCACGCAUCCCGAGCUUUUCGGUCCCCUCCCCGGGUCAAGCAGCAGCGCCGACGUCCCCGAUGUCACGACCACAGCUGCUAGGCCAUUCAAGGGGUUGCCUGUCGGAAAAAGGAAACUUGGUUGGCAAAAGGCAGCAAGUGCCCCAGUCAUUGGUUUACAAAGGUGGGGAGACAUGGACGUCGACGGCGAAGAGGAGACCAAGUUUGAAGCGGAAAACGAGUCGUUGGAGGAUGGAUUCGAGUUUAACAAUUGGGAAGAGGUCGAGUUUUGAGCAUACCCCUUUUUUCCUUUGCAUUUCAUUCUUGUUCCUUGUUGUUAUCUUCUAGUCGGUUUGAAAAGUUUUUGACAGCAGCAUGACAAUUCAUCGUACGGUAUGGAAAUUAAAAAAUAAAUUAAAAUAAAAACAGAUAAUUAGAACGGCUCUUUCGAUAC